ACAAGUACUACGACAGCAAGAUGACAACACGCUUCUCACUUCUGUUGCUCGUCCAGGCCUUGGCGAUGGGUGUCUCUGCGGCGGUCUCCAUCCCCGCCCACAGCAGUCACAUCGUCACUACGUUCAGGUGGAUGCUUGGGAAAUACUACUACCCAACACCAUCGGCCUCCCACGGCGUAAAGCUCGACGUCUCCUCCAGCCUCUGCCUGGCUCAUUCGGCUCUCACCCUCGCCUCAGACCAGCAAUGGAGUCUCUCUAUGUGGGAUGCAAGCGGCAAGAUGACAGACGGCGUGGCAGCAGGCGCCACUGAAGCUCGUGGUCAUGCUGGCUUAUGCAAGAGGGUUAGCGCUGAUUUUCCUGGGACUGUGGCCUCCCAUCUGCAUGCACACCGGGACAAUAUGACUCGUCAUGAUCUUGCUCUGAACUACUUAAACUCUGAUGCACUCCUGCUCGAAAACACUGUUCUGAAAGGGCGCUACUGUCUUGUAUCCGUCAGAGAUCAAAACCUGAGUGGUAAAAGUGCAGGAGGGUCAUCCCAGAUGUUUGCCUCUCUGGCUGGGAAAUACGGCAACACUUAUGCCACGUGCAUACCCGAUACCUGCACUGCAGCCCUACUUCAGACCUCCUUGCGAGACCAGUGGGAUGAGGAUGUUGUCGUGAGCGUCGCAUGUGAAGGAGAGGAAGAGGAUUACUUCAGCCUUCCAGAUUUUGGCUUCCUGUAAGUGUUCGAAAUAAAGUUAAUGAUGGUU